AACGGCCAGACUACUUGAGCAUCAAGUAUACUGAAAGCCAUCACUCGACGUUCGAGGCAAGGUCAAACACAGCGUGGACUUGUCCGAAACGACCCUUCGAUCACCGUUCAUGGAGGCAACAGGGACGCGAUUCCGCUGACCUUUACAAUCACUCGAAUCCCGUGAACCUCUCUGUCGUGGAUAUAAAGCAGGCUGGUUGAAGCAUGAAAGCAUCCUUCCGCCAGGGCAGUGGUUGUAACUCAGAGGACCGGACAGACACAUUGCAGAAUCACAAGAUGCAUCCAGCUCGGAACCCCUGGCCCAGGCGCCCAACGGACCUGAGGAUGAAAAUUGAUUAUAUUCUCAAUACGACCCUAGGACCCAAAGAGGAAAGGAACUCUGUCACCUCGGGCUUUUCUUCAACUACUGACCAUCAACACACGAAACGAUCCUUACACCAUAUUGCACUGGCAAAUCGAAACACUGGUAAAAGGACCCUUGAUAUACCGCGGACGAACAAACUCACGGGAGACGUCAAUUUCCCACCAUUUGAGGACCUUGAUAGUGCGGUGGUGCGCCAGCUGCUUCCUUUCUGCAUCACCACUCUGGGCAGAAUCAAAAGUACAAGCAGGCACAUCCCAUACAACAGCGACAAGAAGGACUUUCAGCUGAAAACUGGCCGCGAAAGCAUUGAAGUGUUCCAAUACGAUUUCACAUGUCCCAAAUCUGGAAGCGUAUACACAGUCAUGUGGGACUACAACAUCGGCUUGGUUCGGAUUACCCCCUUCUUCAAGUGCCAUGGAUAUGCCAAGACUGUUCCUGGCAAAAUGCUCAAUCUCAAUCCAGGUUUGAAGGAUAUCACCCACAGCAUAACGGGAGGAUCCAUCGUCGCUCAAGGAUACUGGAUGCCUUAUGCUUGCGCGAGGGCCAUUUGUGCGACAUUCUGUCACAGCAUAGCGCCAGCACUGAUUCCCGUAUUCGGCAUGGAUUUUCCAGCAUCUUGCCUUCCGCCGAGCUCGGAGGCAUUUGGCUACAUGAAAAUCGAUCCAGUCAUAGUACACGCGGCCACGAGAGAGUCGGAGAUGUUUCGUCAGCGCUACGGCAAGUUGAGAGAAAAUAAUGUUCCUCAACCAAUCCUCGCAGUCCCAAGCUCUCGACCAGCGCCUUCAGAAGCACGCGAGACGAUCACGGUACAUUUGCGACCAUCAGUACCAUACUCUACUCAUCGUGAUCCUGGUUUUCCAUCAUCCCAGGAUCUUGAGCUGGCACGAACCUCGCUGCCCACCCCCUCCUCCCGUGCAUACUAUCCCUCCCCCGAAACGCGUUUUAUCAGGUCUCCAGAGUUCUCGAUACACAGCUCCCCCCUUUCUUCCGCCUAUGGCAAUAGAGUCGCUAGAGCACCUGACUCUGCUCCGGUCUCCCCACGGAGCACGAGACCAUGGCCGAGGAUCAGCGCGCGAUUCCCUGAUGAGCGACUGCGCUAUUCAACAUCAUUAGACCAUACUACGCACCACGGUGCUUAUUUGAGCCCAUCUUGCAAGCGCAAGAUCGAUGACAUAUCUGUGGGGAACGAAGACACUGUAGAUUGUUCCUCUCGUUCCAACUGUGCGUCUCGUAGCACUGGUUUCCAGGACUACUUCUCUCCACCUGACUCAUCAUACCCGUCCUCGACCUGCUCGGAAGCUUCUCCAACACCAGUCUCUACACGAGGCUCUCCAAAAACUCGUCAGGCAGAACCCCAAAAAGAGUCCCUGCCUCCUGCAGCAACCUUGUUGCCCCCUGACGAGCACGAGCGCAGACUGGAUACAACGCAGACUCGAGAUCUGGCUAGAGCACUGCUGGAUUUGAGGGGUUCUGAGGACGAAUCUCGGCCAGACAAGCGGCGGAAAAGAGAUGCGGACUGAUUGGUCCGCCAAGAGAAGUAAUAGUCGGAUCGAAACUAUUGGUCCGUGGCGGAGGAGGGUUUAAUAGCUUGUAAC